AUUAUUAGAAAAAUAAUUUUUAAAUUGCAAAAGUUAAUUCUCAAUUAAAGAGAAUAGACACAGUACUUUGUGGCCACAUUAUUAUGUUUAACACUUAAUAAAUUUCCAGUAAGGUCAACGAAUCAUUGUAUAAGAUUUCAUCGAUGCUUUGAAAGAAAAUUGUUCCUCACUUGUGAGGUUAGUAAACUCUUGGGGAGCACUGUUUUGCAAACUUCUACCUAAGACCAUAAUGGUUCAAAAUGAUAAUUAGCCAAAAUAAAGUAAUCAUUUAACAUGUUUUACUUUGAAUUUUAUGAUUAAAUAAGUUAGUUGAAAGAAACAUAAGAAAGCUUUCUGUUUUUUCAGACUAAAGGUUAUUGAAAAUAAUUCUUCAAAGAUUCGAAUGCAAAUAGACAAAACGAAACAACUUAGAGCAGAGUAUGAAACAAAAGAAAUAAAAUAUUGUACUUUCUCCAAAGAUCCUUCAAAACCUAUUCCAGGCAUGACUCUCCAAGAUUCUGUCAGUUUAGAUGCUCUCACUAAAUACCUGAAACAUCUUGAAGAUAAAUACGCAGAAAUUAAACAAGUUAUGUCAAAAAAAUAUGUACCAGCUCAGAGGAUGGUGGAUUUAGAUGAGGAAAUGAUUGUGGUAUUAAAACGGCGGGAUGUAGCUGAAAAUCUGAACAAAGAAUUACAGUUUCAUCAUCAAAGACUGCAGAUUAUUUUAUUUGCACUUACAUCAUGGGUAAAAUCUGACAUGAGCAUCUCAUUUCAAGACUUUGUGAAGCAAAUUCAGAAAACUAAAGAUUUACACGGUGACCAAGGCAUUGUUGAAGAACUAUGUGAAUAUGAUCCAGGCAAGGCAAAAGAAGCUGAAAUUUUGCUUUACCACAUUGAAAGGUUCAAUGAAUUAAUCUCACUCGGUGAAUAUGAAAAGGCAGCUUGUUUUGCAGCAAAUAGUCCUAGAAGAAUUCUUCAGAACAUUGGGACAGUGAAUAAAUUUAAGGCUGUUGGAAAAAUUAGAGGAAAGCCUUUUCCCUUACUCUUAUUUUUUGAGGCAAUCUUUAGUACAAGUCAUGCUCAUAGACGUCCUAUUGAUGCAAUACUAACCCUGGAAGGAAUCAAAUGCGGAUUAUCUGAAAAACGUUUAGAUUUAGUUAUCAAUUGGGUCACCCAGGAAAGGCUCACAUUUUCUGAGGAGGCUGGGGACGCGAUUUGUGAUUAUGGGGAGCAAAAUCUUUAUAUCAAGGCCAAAUGCCUGGCUUUAGCUCAGAUUAUCUACAGUGAAUGUAACCUGCACAAGAAGGCUCUUCUUUGCAUGUGUAAACAGGGUCAAAUUCACAAGGCCAUGGAAUACAUACAACAAUUCAAGGAGUUUACUUACUAUGACCUGAUGGAACUAAUAAAGUUAUGUCCCGACCCUGAAUUAAUUCAGUGUCUCACUAAAGAAUGGAAUGGGAAACCACCAUUUUUAUCUUUUGGUCUUACUAUAAUUCAUCUAUUCUCUGUAGAUAUGAAAAAAGUUGGCAUUAAGGUACUUCAAGAAAUAAAUAAAGAUGCAAUUGAACAUCUUAUGAUAAAUGAUCCAUUUUGCUCCCUAGAAAAGUGGCAAGAAGUGGCAAAUAUAUGUUUACAGAAUGGCUUUGUCCGAUUAUCUAAUGAUAUUAUGUCCAUUCUUCGAUCUCAGGCAGGAGUUACAGAAAUUUCCGAAGAAGACGAUACAGUCAACUUAAUGCAACAUGUUUUUUGGUAGUUCUCAUUUUAACCAGUUGAGGGAGCUUGUACAGCAUUUUAUGUAUGCUGCUUGGGCAAACUGAUUUGGAAUAACUAGUAAAUAAAUUUAGAGUGUGACGCUCUCAGAAAUAAAUCAUGCUUCUUUUGUUAUGAUGA